GCCUUCUUGGGCACAUUUAGUUUCCUUUAAUGCUGAAUUUAAGUAACGGUUGGAAUAUUCCGUGAAAUUUUAUGCAUUGGGAGUAGUUAAUGAAAACACUUUUGCUUUGUGUAUGGGGUCACAAAGCCAUUAUGUGCUGCAGAGACUGAAAUCUGUAAAAUGUGGUUUGGAAAUCGGCAUGUUCUCAAGUGAGCCUUGUUAUCUUUCGUCUGAAUAUUUCUGUUAAAAUAUUUCAGGCACUGAUAGGUAGUGCCCAAGUGGAGAUAGGAGAAAAGCAUUUGCCACUUCUCUUGGUGUUGCUGUCUGAGUUGAGGUGUAACACAUCUGGAGCUGAGGAGAUGACCAGGGGAUUACAGGAGUGCGUGGUCAGUCCGCCUGGCCACCUGCUUUUCCAGCUGUGUGUUUGCUUACAGCUACAUGAUUAUUUGUGGUAAAAGCAUUCCAUCUAGUGCAGUACUUGGAGUGCCUGUUGUGAGCAGAAGUGCUUAUCUGAUGUUUAAAAAAAUGCUCUGAUGGAGCUCGGUGGCGUCAGCAAGACUCGCUCCCGGCUGAGAUACUUGUGCUUGAAUUGUUGGGUUUCUGCUCGUAUUUGCUGUGCUCCUUUGCUGAAGAUGGGAUAACUGUUAGUCCUUCAUUGCUCAUGUCAGGUGUACCAGGAUGGGGUGAUUUGCUAGCUAUGAGAUAGUUUUUUGUUUUACACAUGCUGAUUUCCAAGCUGCUGCCAAAUUUUCUGAGUUGUUGCCUGUAUUAAUCAUCUGAAAAUUCACUGUGUGCAUUUUGAAUCAUCCAUGUACUUCUCUGGCAAAAUCUUUAUGGAAACGAGCAUGUGGAACAGGGACUCUCUCCUGGUUUGUGUCCCUAGAAAUUAAUGCAAUGGAUUUCCUUAAAGGUUUUCAAAAUGUCCUUGUUGGGUUUUUGUCCAGCCCUCUGACUCUAAAGGUUGGCUGUAAUGGGCAAUUACAAACUAUAGCAGUUUUAUUGACUUAUUAACUAUAUGUUGCCUGCAGAAAAUGUAUUGUACUAUGUAACUUUGAGAAACAUAAUCUAUAAUCAUACAGUAAUGGCUUCAAAUGUAUACUUGCAUUUUAAACGGUCCAAAGCUCUGUGUCCCACUGUCCCUUUUGAGAUGGUGACUUUCUUUUAACCGGUUCGCCUUUAUGUAUAGCUGAUGGGAUACUCGGUGAUAUUGUGUGGAAAGUGCCCUAACAGCUGAGAUGUUCACCACGAAGGAAUUCACUGUGAUGAGGAAUGUUCCCACUUCCUGUAUUGCUGUUUUGGCAGAAGUCAGACUUGCUGGGACAAAAUGGUUUUUGCUUCUCGGGUAUAACGGGUAGAACCAUAAAUAGUUGCUUGCCGUCUGACACUGAAUCACUUGUUCAACAGGUUAAACACCUCUUCGUGUGUAGAGUAGUUAAUGGCUAAACGAGCUUUGUGGCGGGAGGAGGAAGAAUUUAGUGUGGAACAAGGGAUUGAAGUAGGAGUAAUGAAAUUAAGAAUAUCGGGAAAAGCCUUCAUGAAGAUGGCUGUAACGAAAAACAGUAAGGAACACAGACUAAAAGGAAAGAAAGUGUCCUGUGCGUCCUCCAGCAGUGAUAGCGGCAGCAGCAGCAGCAGCUGUAGUAGCAGUAGCAUCAACAGCCCUGACAGAGCGUGCGGUGCAGAAACCAGCCUAAACCCAGUCGUUGCGGGAUCCAGUCCUGUCUCCUCUCAGUCCUUCCAUGAGCAGUCUGCACUAAGUCAAGGCCCUUACUUCCACAUCAACCAGAUCCUGAAGGAGGCACACUUUCACAGCUUACAGAGCCGGGGGCGCCUUCCAACAUGA